CUCCAGGCUACAAUCUCCUUGCUCUUCUGUUGAAGGAAGGAAGUUCAAAACCCACAAAAAUGGCUACUCUGGAAAGAAAUACCUUUCCCAACACCGAAACACAACCAAGCACUACACAAAGGCAUGGACUCCACCAUGCACAAUCAGAAGACAGCUCCAGACGCUCUGGGACUGGUCACCUACAAACCUCCAAUGGAUCUGGACGCAGUAGACACAGAGAUUCCAGUGUUAGUGAGGCCAGUGACAGCAAAGGAUAUACAGGAGACAUAGGGAGGCAUUCUGUGACCACCCAAGGAAGGUCCGGACCCACUUCAAGGAACCAACACGGGUCUUCUCAUGGCCAGUCAGGAGACACCUCUAGGCGCCCAGAGUCACGUCAUGGGCAGGCAGACACACACAGGCAGAGAGAAUCUGUCCACGGAGACUCUGGAUCAAGAAAUUCCCACGGACAGGGGAAUCACCACGAUCAAUCAAGAGACAACUCCAGACGCUCUGGGACUGGCCAUGGACAAACCUCCACUGGAUCUGGAAGCAGUAGACACAGGGAAUCGAGUGUUAGCCAGGCCAGUGACAGUGAAGGAUAUUCAGGAGAGGAAGGGAGGCAUUCCGUGACAAGCCAAGGAAGGUCCGGAUCCACUUCAAGGAACCAACUUGGGUCUUCCCAUGCCCAGUCAAGAGACACCUCUAGGCGCUCAGAGUCACGUCAUGGGCAGGCAGACACACAUAGGCAGAGAGAAUCUGUCCAUGGAGACUCUAGAUCCAGAAAUUCCCACGGACAGGGGAGUCACCACGAACAAUCCAGAGACAGCUCCAGACGCUCUGGGACUGGCCAUGGACAAACCUCCACUGGAUCUGGAAGCAGUAGACACAGGGAAUCCAGUGUUAGUCAGGCCAGUGACAGCGAAGGAUAUUCAGGAGAGGUAGGGAGGCAUUCCGUGACAAGCCAAGGAAGGUCCAGAUCCACUUCAAGGAACCAACUUGGGUCUUCCCAUGCCCAGUCAAGAGACACCUCUAGGCGCUCAGAGUCACGUCAUGAGCAGGCAGACACACACAGGCAGAGAGAAUCUGUCCACGGAGACUCUGGAUCCAGAAAUUCCCACGGACAGGGGAGUCACCAUGAACAAUCAAGAGACAGCUCCAGACGCUCUGGGACUGGCCAUGGACAAACCUCCACUGGAUCUGGAAGCAGUAGACACAGGGAAUCGAGUGUUAGCCAGGCCAGUGACAGUGAAGGAUAUUCAGGAGAGGUAGGGAGGCAUUCCGUGACAAGCCAAGGAAGGUCCAGAUCCACUUCAAGGAACCAACUUGGGUCUUCCCAUGCCCAGUCAAGAGACACCUCUAGGCGCUCAGAGUCACGUCAUGAGCAGGCAGACACACACAGGCAGAGAGAAUCUGUCCACGGAGACUCUGGAUCCAGAAAUUCCCACGGACAGGGGAGUCACCAUGAACAAUCAAGAGACAGCUCCAGACGCUCUGGGACUGGCCAUGGACAAACCUCCACUGGAUCUGGAAGCAGUAGACACAGGGAAUCGAGUGUUAGCCAGGCCAGUGACAGCGAAGGAUAUUCAGGAGAGGUAGGGAGGCAUUCCGUGACAAGCCAAGGAAGGUCUGGAUCCACUUCAAGGAACCAACAUGGGUCUUCCCAUGCCCAGUCAAGAGACACCUCUAGGCGCUCAGAGUCACGUCAUGGGCAGGCAGACACACAUAGGCAGAGAGAAUCUGUCCAUGGAGACUCUGGAUCCAGAAAUUCCCACGGACAGGGGAGUCACCACGAACAAUCCAGAGACAGCUCCAGACGCUCUGGGACUGGCCAUGGACAGACCUCCACUGGAUCUGGAAGCAGUAGACACAGGGAAUCCAGUGUUAGUCAGGCCAGUGACAGCGAAGGAUAUUCAGGAGAGGUAGGGAGGCAUUCCGUGACAAGCCAAGGAAGGGGGGUCGCCAUGAACAAUCAAGAGACAGCUCCAGACGCUCUGGGACUGGCCAUGGACAGACCUCCACUGGAUCUGGAAGCAGUAGACACAGGGAAUCCAGUGUUAGUCAGGCCAGUGACAGCGAAGGAUAUUCAGGAGAGGGGAGUCACCAUGAACAAUCAAGAGACAGCUCCAGACGCUCUGGGACUGGCCAUGGACAGACCUCCACUGGAUCUAGAAGCAGUAGACACAGGGAAUCGAGUGUUAGCCAGGCCAGUGACAGCGAAGGAUAUUCAGGAGAGGGGGGUCGCCAUGAACAAUCGAGAGACAGCUCCAGACGCUCUGGGACUGGCCAUGGACAGACCUCCACUGGAUCUGGAAGCAGUAGACACAGGGAAUCCAGUGUUAGUCAGGCCAGUGACAGCGAAGGAUAUUCAGGAGAUGUAG